AUGAUGAGGAGGAUGCUCGUCUGCCUCCUCGCUGCCUCCGCCGGCGCGUACCACCUGCCAGCAAGCGCCAAGCUCCAGCAGGGCGUCAAGAUGACAGCGCCACCACCCCGGGCGAUGGCGCCAGCGAUGAAGAAGGGUGUCCUGCAGGAAGUACAGAUCGACGACGGCAAUGGCUCACGGAAAUACGUCGACCCGGCGAGCUUACUAUUGACUGUGGACCUAACGCCCCAGUUCACGCUCUUCUUCACGAUCAUGUUCAUCCUCGAGUACGGUCGCUAUCACCCGCUCUGA